AUGAUUCGAACUUAUUUCCCGCUCCCCAAUCCUGCAAGUGAUGCCUCUGCUGAGUCCAACGACUUCUCAAUCCUCCUUGGUUAUCCCCGUCACUCGGCUACCAAAUUGUUACCUAUCACUUUCACCUCAGUCCCUCUACAACCUAUCAAAGCCCAGCUGAAGCUACAAAUUAUACCCAAAGCCAUGGGCCGAACAUUCAAGAAUAUAACCGUGAGCGUGACUGGUGAAUUUGGACCCAUUUCAGAUAAAUUCAAGCAAUGGGUGGAAGCCAACGGUGGAAGUUUCUCCAGGGAGGUCAACAGCGGAGUCACCCAUUUGCUAUCUACAAAAGGAGCCUUCAAGGCGAACAACAACGCUGUUUCUUCAGAUUGGUUGGAAGACUCUCUUUUGUCAAAAUCUCGACGCCCCAAGCGUGAAGGCCCAUAUCUAUGGUCUCAAUUGACUAAGAAGGCAAGGAAAACAUCGUCUGGUCAGAAAAAAGCGGAUAAAGAUGUCAAUACAAAGCAGAUAAAUGGUCUAUAUAAAACCCUCUUUAGAGGACUCUAG